CUGUUCAAAGCUGGCUUUAUUCCAUUCCCUCUCCCUGCCCACCCAGAGCCCUGUGGAUGCCACUGGAACAUAUAUGGAGCCAACCCCUCCUCCAGCUGGCCCCUGGGGGGUCCCAGGGCCCCCUCAGCUCCUGGCACCACAAGGGGCUUCGCUGGAUGCUGCCAGGGCUGAGGUUCAUGCCCUGGGACUACAACGACUGCUGACUCAGGACGAGGAGGGGGACACGCUCCUGCACCUGUUUGCUGCCCAAGGCCUGCGCUGGUCAGCCUAUGCCGCCGCUGAGGUCCUGCAGGGCUGUGGACAGCUGGACAUCCGGGAACACAAAGGAAAGACGCCACUCCUUGUAGCAGCUGCAGCCAACCAGCCACUGAUCGUCCAAGAUCUGUUGACCCUGGGGGCUGAGCCCAAUGCCACUGACCACCAUGGACGGACCAUCCUUCAUCUGGCUGCCACCUAUGGCCUGCCUGGGGUCCUCACGGCUGUGUUUAAUUCAGGGAUUCGGGUGAACUUGGAGACCAGGGACUUUGAGGGCCUCACCCCUCUCCAUGCUGCUGUUCUCUCCCUCAAUGAGGCCACCCAGCAGCCUGCUUGCAGCCCCAGGACAAUGACUGUCCCAGCCCGGGACAGACUGGCCUGUGUCCAGAUGCUGUUACAAAUGGGGGCUGACCAUACCAGCCAGGAAUUCAAGAGUAACAAAACUGUUCUGCACCUGGCCGUCCAAGGGGGCAAUCUCUCCCUUGUCCAGAUGUUGCUGGACCUGCCUAAUGAGGACCCAAGGGCCUUUGUGAACAUGAAGGCCCAUGGGAACACGGCCUUGCAUAUGGCGGCCGCACUGCCCCCAGGAUCCUUGCAGGAGCCCAUCAUUCGUGGGCUUCUGGCGGCUGGGGCAGAUCCUGCCCUGCGAAAUCUGGAAAAUGAGCAGCCUGCCCAUCUGCUGGGACCCGGACCAGCCUCAGAAGCACUGAGGCAGUUGUUGAAGAGAAGCCGGGCCCUCCCUCUGGCCUCGUCCUCAUAGGACUCUGGGCCCAUACCUGGACUGAUUCUCCAGUCCACAUUCGUCCAACCUCUCCUGUCCCUGAGGGACAACCAAGCCGUAUGCUUAUGUAUGCAAAUCUAUGAUAAUUUAUUUGGACCCCCAUUGGCCAUUUCUCCCUGCCCCCCUGUCCUGGGGAGUCUUACAUUAAAACUCCCCUGAUGUCCACAGCCCUUGGUGGGGGUGAACUGCUGGGGAAGCAGUGGGGGAGGGGAGUGUGUGAUGAUUUCUGUGAAAUCGAAGCCCCCCCCCCAACUUGUUUCUGUGAAACAGAUUUAGCCCCAGAUAUCUCACCCAACCCUCCUGCCCUUCAAUUAAAUUUGAUUC